CCUGUCACUCACGUCUGUGACGUCAGCGCCCAACCUGCCGCUUCGCCACACGAGUGCAUCUGUUUACACACCACAGUAUUUUUUUACAGCAGCAGCGAGCACGCAGGCAGAACGUCUGACAACACAGCACCACAACAGGAAUAAACGGUGUCACUGUCUGCAAGAAGCUCCAAGUCUCCUGUUCAUUACCACCACAACACAACGCAGAGCUCAGGAGACCUACACCACCCAGAGCUACAGUGCAUUCAGCGGGGGUUACAGAUGGAUGGAUGAAAUCAAAAUAAACCUCCAUUUUAACAAAUUAAAUUGGUAAAGCAAGACCUUUUGCUGUUUGUAAAAGUGUUUUUCAGAUUGCAAAGAUGUCCUUGGUAUGUGUACUGCUGGUGGUGACGCUGGUGUCUCAGUGUUGCUCUGCUCCACAGCGGCGAAACUGGACGCCUCAAGCCAUGUUGUACCUGAAGGGCACACAGGGCCGCCGCCGCUCAGUGGACAAAGAGGACACUCUUCACAGAGCAACCGACAACCUGCAGGCCAACGACAGACUGUCGUGGAUGUCUUCAGUGUUGUCUUAUCUGGAGCUGAUUGAGCGAAACAGGGAUGAUCCAUGGAAGGCUGCUGGAAGAAACAAGGUGGAUGAACAUGAGCGGAGUUUAAAGUAGAUCUGCUGCUUUCCUUCUUCUGCG